AUGGAUUCAGCUUUAGAAACUAUUCCACCGAGCUUAUGCAUUGGUCUCCUAAUGAUCAUGUUUCUUGGUGGAACCUCAGCGGGUGCGGCUACAAGUGUAACAGCAGUAGCGGCAGCAUCCGCGGUGGCAUUUGUGGCAGUUGUGGGGCUACUACACCAACACCAGCAGGAGGCGGUGCUACUCCACUUGCGUAGCCAGAGCUGGCGCUCUACCACGGCCUCUUGGAUACCGACUCUCGUCGGCGUCCUACCUCGAGGAGCGAAGCUCACGGUCGAGGAGUUGGAAUCUAUCUCUAGUUCCUUCGAUGAGUCCAUCGUCUCUUCCCUCUAUGGCCUGAGCCCCGCCUCUGCUAGCUUGACCUGGUUCUUUUCUUCUGUCAACGUGCUCACCACUGCUCACUCCGCCGUGAGAUCCUUGAUCUACGAGCUGAAGUCGGACGGUGGCGACAGCCUCUUGUCGUGGUAUCUAGACAAUAGCCUGAAGGUCUUGGAUGUCUGCAACCGCAUGUCCUCCAAGAUCGAGCGACUGUGUCUCCACCACCUGGACCGGAGGAUGAUGAUGAACCUCCUUGGCUCGGGGGGCAACCCCUCGAAGGAGGACAUUCACCAAGCGAGGGAUUUACUCGUAGACUCGGAAGGCGAGGGCAUGGCCGACAUCGAGGAGUUGAUUAGAGACUUGGCCACAAGCAUUGUAACGUCGGCUAUGCGAAGGAAGGACUUGCCGGUCGACAAGGUCGUUCGCCGUGCGGUCCAAGCUGUCAAUUUCUUGACGGCAUUCAUUGCUGGAGUCAUAUAUUCGGCCCUAUGCUCCUCCUCUAGGGCGAUUGCCUACAUAUACGUCCCAGAGGAGUUCCCUUGGGGCGACUCUACACGGGUCUUGGAAGAGCUUAAUGAUGUGGAGGCGCGUGGGAGGCAUGUGUUGGAGGCGAUUGAUGAGGUGGUGGCAUCAGGAGGCGAUGGAGAGGUCGUGGGGAGGUUAAGGGAGGCAGCGGUUGGGCUGGAGAAGGCCACUGAGCAACUAUUGAAGGGGUUAUACCAUCUAAGGGAUGGGGUGGAUGAGCUGUUCCUGACAGUGACAAGGAUAAGGAAGGAGAUGGUAAACGAGUUCAGGGUGAGUCUGUGGAAAGGAUCGUUGCCUGAGAAGCCAUUGAAGCCCAGCAAGAACAACUAA